GUCGAAACCCGAGGCAAAGCACCUAAGUUAAUUCCUGCGCAGCAAGUGGUGGUGGGCUGCCACGCAGCUCAGGCUCUUUCUCUUUUCGACCACCUCGGCGACAGAAUGGGACAGCUCAACUGGCUGGUGGACUGGGUAUGGACCCGCAUCAGAGGAUACCCGCCUUCAUCUCUGGCGAGCAUGCGCCUGGGCAAUGAAGGACGUUCGCAAAAUGCGCUCAUGGUACAAUUCUUCACGUGGAACUGCAGACAUCCCACCUUGAGCUGGUGGAAGCAUUUCGAGUCUGAGGUGCCACAGCUGGCAGAAAUGGGGGUGACACAGGUGUGGCUUCCUCCGCCGAACAAAGCUAUGACCAAGCACGGCCAAGGCUACGAUGCGUAUGAUCUGUGGGACCUGGGCGAAUUUUCACAGAAGGGCAAUAUUGCCACAAGAUGGGGAACGAAGGACGAGCUCAUACAGGCCAUUGCAACGGCCAAGGCCCAUGGCAUCGACGUCCUGAUCGAUGCCGUGCUGAACCACAAACUUGGAGCCGACAGGACAGAAGUCUUUCAUGCAGUGCCCGUUGACCCGAAAAACCGUUUGAGAGAUCUGACAGUACCUCGAGAGAUCGAGGGCUGGACAGCAUUCGACUUUUCGGGAAGGGACGGAAAGUACAGCAGUCUCAAGUGGACACAAGAGCACUUCACUGGUCUUGAUUGGGACAAUCGAGCGCGUCUGAACGGCGUAUAUCGCAUCGUAGGCGGGCAACAUCAGGGCUGGUCUCGGUUCGUCGAUGGGGAAUUCGCCAAUUAUGACUAUCUGCUUGGGGUCGAUAUUGACCACAGGCAUCCCGAAGUAAGACAGGACCUCCUUGCGUGGGGCAAGUGGGUGCUUGAGACUACGGGAGCAGUUGGCUUUCGACUUGAUGCAAUCAAACACAUGGAUCGUUUCUUCCUGGUUGACUUCCUCAAAUAUGUACGCGAAGCCACGGGAAGAGGGGAUCUUUUCUCAGUAGCGGAGUACUGGUCUGGGGACGUCAGGAACAUCAGACCAUAUAUCUACGCGUUUCAGGGCCUGGUUUCGUUCUUUGACGUUCCAUUGCAUUACAACUUUCAUAAAGCAAGCAAGUGGGGCCCAUUUUACGACCUCAGAACCGUCUUGAACAACACAAUACUGCAGUUCAGACCGGGCGAUGCUGUGACAUUUGUGGACAACCAUGAGUGCCAAAUAGGACAGACGCUUGAGAGUUGGGUCGGAAGGAACUUCAAGCUACAAGCAUAUGCCCUUAUCUUGCUCCGGGGCGAGGGCCAUCCGUGCGUCUUCUACGGGGACAUAUAUCCCAACGAUGAGUGCUACGACGAGUACAUCGCGCAAGGCGUGCGGCGCUUAAUGAACGCACGGAAGCGGUUCGCGUACGGCGAGCGCAUCGACUAUUUCCAGAACCGCAAUUGUAUCGGAUUCGUGCGUACCGGCGACGACGCGCAUGAAGGGUGCGCGGUGAUCGUGAGCAAUGCCGUCGAAUCAGCUGGGACGAAGGGCAUACAGCAUAUGGUGCGGAUGAACGUCGGUGCAGGCAUCGGCGGAUCGUCUUUCACCUCGUCGAUGGAUCCCGAAUUGCCCGAAUACGUGGACAUCGCCCCGGAUGGGUGGGGCGUCUUCACUUGCCCUCCGGGUAAGGUGCAGGUUUGGGUGAAGAGCGAUACCUCGCCGGCUCGAAGAGCUGCGCUUUGAGUACCGGAUAGUUUUGACCCUUCCGUGUAUACCAGUGUGACAGCGUAUAUGUAUCAUAUCGUGUAAGGAACAGAUACUUUU